AGGUCAGCCAGCAAAAUGAAUCACCGCAGUAGCUCCCCAAUAACGGAACAGGGCAGCACAUCCGUUAGUGUCAAAGUUUUCAGACUUGAGAUCAGUGAAGGGUCUCCUCCAAAGAUCUCUCCUGAGCCAGUGCCACCCACCCCUGUACCAGAGCCGGAAACAGCACCACCAACCCCAGAGCCAGAGCCAGAAGCUCCUCCUCCACCACCUCCUCCACCUCCACCACCACCUCCAAAACGUAUGGCUGAACUAGCUGUUGGGAUCAAUGGAUUUGGACGUAUUGGGCGCUUGGUUCUCCGAGCCUGCGUUGAGAAAGGGAUCAAAGUUGUGGCAGUCAAUGAUCCUUUCAUUGACCUGAAAUACAUGGUCUACAUGUUCAAGUUUGACUCUACCCAUGGACGCUUCAAGGGAGAAGUGAAGGCUGAGGAUGGCAAGCUAGUAGUGAACGGUUCAAAAAUCUCUGUAUUCCAGUGCAUGAAACCCACCGAGAUCCCCUGGGGAGAGGCAGGAGCUCUGUAUGUAGUAGAAUCCACUGGAGUCUUCCUCUCUGUUGAUAAAGCUUCAGCUCAUCUCCACGGGGGAGCCAAGCGCGUGGUGGUGAGCGCACCAUCCCCUGAUGCGCCUAUGUUUGUUAUGGGAGUGAACCAUGAGAAAUAUGAUCCAUCUAGCAUGAAUAUUGUGAGCAAUGCUUCCUGCACUACCAACUGCCUGGCGCCCUUGGCCAAGGUCAUUCACGACAACUUUGGAAUUGUGGAGGGCCUCAUGACCACUGUCCAUGCUUACACUGCCACUCAGAAGACUGUCGAUGGCCCCUCUGCCAAGGCUUGGCGUGACGGGAGGGGGGCCCACCAGAACAUCAUUCCAGCUUCCACUGGUGCUGCGAAAGCUGUGGGCAAGGUCAUCCCUGAGCUCAAUGGGAGGCUCACUGGCAUGGCAUUCCGUGUGCCCGUCUGUGAUGUCUCAGUUGUCGACCUGACUUGCCGCCUCUCGAGGCCAGCCACCUACGCCCAGAUAAAAGAAGCGGUCAAGAAGGCAUCUAAAGGGUCAAUGGCAGGGAUCCUGGGAUACACAGAAGAUGAGGUUGUUUCUACUGAUUUUAUUGGUGACCAUCGUUCCUCUAUCUUUGAUGCUGGAGCAGGGAUCGCCCUCAACGAUAACUUUGUGAAGCUCAUCUCCUGGUAUGAUAACGAGUAUGGCUACAGCUGCCGUGUCGCAGAUCUCCUGAAGCACAUGUUCAGCAAGGAGGAGCACUGAGCACGGCCCACAUGCUACGGUCCAGGCGAUCCGGCAGAGUGGCCUCACCCCUUUAGUCCGUAGGUUUGAUCUCCUGGCCACUUCUUUGCUUCAACCACAGCAUCCUGAACACUGCACCUUCUGUGUCCCUGUAAAGUUUUGUGCGUGUCCAUGUGAGUGUGAAUCCUGCUUUCCACAGCAGCUUGUAUGAGCUUCAAAACUGUAGUGAAGAGAAAUUGCACCAAAUUCCCCCUAGAGAAAGAGAGUCCAGCCUCCAGGGUUGCACAUUGGUUUGUGUGGCUGUAGUGUCCUUGAGAUCUUGUAAAUGUUGAAUUAAACCACUGAAGUUAUGUGAA